CAGCUACGUCAACGCGUGCACACCCAGACCCUCGUCCUUCUCACUUGCUGCUCACUCUUUUACCUUCUUUCUCUUCUUCUCCAAAGUCCCUCCAACCCUUGGAUCAACAACUGGCGCUCGGAUCAUGCGCCUUCAGCACUGAAGCAUACUGGUUGAACUCUUCAUCAAAAUUUCCUCUCCGCAUUCAGCUAUUGGAUCGGAGUAACGUUGGGACUGCCUUACCUUAUCAGUCUCCCCGAUCCUGGGCGCGCAUCAUCUGGCCCUUCCUAUCAUCGGCCCUAUCCGCACAACCGCGACGGUCCUACAAUCUUCUCUUUCCAGCAGAGACUCAUCAUGGAGGAGGGUAGUGGAAUCUCAGAAUUUCAAAAGACAGAGUCGCUAAUCAGCGGCGACUCUCCUACCCUGCAAGCAGCGAUGGCCGAAGAGCUGUCCGACGCGGACGAGGCCCCAGGAACGCCUAAUACUUUCUACUCUCCGCCAGCAUCUCCGGGCCGGCUGUCACGGAACCCUUCCUUCUCUUACCAUGACGACUGGGAGACGUUUCCCGCUCUGGACCAGCUGACCGUGUUCGACUUGCUUGACAAUUUCUCCUUGUCCCAGCGGCUGGAGAAGCUACAGCAAGCUUUGAAUGCGCAGAAGGCGAAGGUCAAGAAGCAGCGCGAAAAACUCAAGUCAUCCUCUUUGAACGCUAGAGAACGCGUCGUGGGCGAGUGGAAGAAACGGGUUCCGACGGCGGAUGAACAGCUUGACAAGUAUCGCCAGCGCAUGAAGAAUGGCGUGGAAAGGUUGGGUAAACAAUGGAAUGCGACCUCAACCGUGACAUUGCGUGAGAAAAUCUCCUUCAUCGCCGGUGUCCUCAAUAUCUUCAUCAGUGGCUAUCUGCUAGGCGGAUGGCCGGAGUACUUCUACAUCUGGUUCAGCGCACAGUUGGCCUACUUUAUGCCUAUCCGAUAUUACGGAUACCACAAGCGAGGAUACCACUACUUCCUCGCCGACUUGUGUUACUUUGUGAACAUGCUCUGCAUGCUGAGCAUCUGGGUCUUCCCCGGUUCGAAGCGACUGUUCAUCAGCACAUUCUGUCUGACCUUCGGCAACAAUGCAGUGGCCAUUGCCAUGUGGCGCAACUCCAUGGUAUUCCACAGUAUGGACAAGGUGGUCAGUUUGUUCAUUCAUAUUAUGCCGCCAGUGUCUCUGCAUUGUUUAGUCCAUUUGACAUCUGCAGAAACGUUGAAAGCAAGAUUCCCGGCCAUCUAUGCGAUCAAGUUCAGCGAACCGGGCUCACCCGAUCAUUUCACCCUCCUCGAGAUGAUGGGAUGGGCCACUGUACCAUACAUAAUCUGGCAGUCGGCCUACCACUGCUUCAUAACGGUUCGGCGUGCAGAAAAAAUCGCUGCCGGGCGUCCGACCAGCUUCACCUGGCUCCGCAAGUCCUACGCAAAGACCUGGAUCGGCAAAAUCGUUCUGAGCCUACCUGAAUCUCUGCAAGCUCCUGCUUUCAUGAUGAUUCAAUAUUUCUAUGCGAUUCUAACGAUGAUCCCUUGCCCCCUUUGGUUUUGGUCUCGGUGGGCCAGUGGAGCUUUCCUCACCGCCCUCUUUAUCCUCAGUAUCCACAACGGCGCCACCUAUUACAUCGACAUCUUCGGCAAGCGCUUCCAGAAAGAGCUGGAGGAACUGAAGAAAGAUGUAGCGCGGUGGCAUUCAUCUCCCGAGGGAGCAAUCAGCCCCAUGCUGCUACCGUUAGACCAAGGCGCACUCUCCGCUGGGAAAGCCCACGGCGAAUCGGCUACUGCUGGUAAUGGUGAGCCCAACAAGGCUGGCAUCGAUGCGAUCCCCCUUCUUGAUGCCUCUGCAGCUUCCACUGGCGUUGAGGAUGCUACGGCUGCCAAGGAUGACUCCACUGUGCGAGAGAGAUCGUGAUUCUUGCGGGUAGGGGAAGGUGUGUUAAUGCUUUAGUGUUUUAUUUCCGCACAGCAUCUGCGCCUUGAUUCGAGUUCUGGUCCUUCGCAUUCGAUACCCAACUUAAUAGUCGUUCCUUUUCUUUCUGCUUUCUCGAUGAUCAUUGCUGGUUUUGCCCCUUGGUAAGAGUUGUGUUCUGCGUCUGGAUGUAGCAAAUAGAUACGGUAGAGAGGAAGUGUUCUUAUGAUGAUUGAAUGACUUGUGAUUAGAGCCA